AUGUUGUUUCAAGCGUGCUGCUGCUGGUGGAGCAUUUUUGGUUUCCAACUCUGAAACUUCGCCUUGUGUUCCUCAGCAUCGACUGUGGAUCUUCGGAGUCGUUCACCGACGAAAGAAACAUCGAAUGGGUAGGCGACAACUUGUACAUCGGGCAAGGCCGAAGCGUCGUCUUCGGGAACCGCGGUUUGCUCUCGCGGGUCAUGACCACACUCAGAGUCUUCGAAUCGAUGACGAAGAGCUGUUACCGGAUCGACGUUAGCGGCGGCAGACGAGUGCUCGUCCGUGCCAGCUUCAACUACGGGAACUACGACGGGAAGUCAUUUCCUCCAAGCUUCGGUCUGCAGUUCGGCGCCAACGACUGGGACACGGUGGUGACGUCGCUGGAUCAGCCGGUCUCGCACGAGGCGAUCUACGUGGUGGGCGGCGACGCCACCAGCGUGUGCGUCGCCCUGACGCUGACGAACCAGUUCCCGUUCGUGUCCACCAUCGAGGUCAGGAGCUUGGAGUGGAGCAUGUAUGCCCAUGUCGACCCCAGCCGUGCGCUAUUCCUGCGAAGAAGGGAGGCCUUUGGUGCACAGCAAAUCGUGAGGUACAAGGAUGAUGUCUAUGACCGUAUAUGGACCCCAAGCAUAAAAUCGAACGGGUGGACAGCACUCGCGAGUGAUACAAGUUUCAACGUCCCGGCUUUAGAGGAUAAGCCCCCAGCGUUGGUGCUACAGACUGCAGUAGCACCCACCCAACUAUCGAACUUGUCGAUUCCUCUCACUAAUCUAUCAACAUCCACAGUAACAAUCUACAUGAACAUGUACUUCUCGGAGAUGUCCGAACUAGAGUCCACUCAGAUGCGUUCCUUCGAGAUCUAUGUCGACGGCGUGAAUGUUUCAGCACCUGUAAGCCCACCUUAUCAGGAUUUCAUCGAGUUAUCCUUUGCUAACAUUACAGCAAACUCCAACACAGCCAUCGAGUUGAGGCCCACGGCUGACUCCACGCUUCCGCCAAUCAUCAGCGCCAUGGAGGUUUUCCUUGUCAGUGCGGCUCUGAGCAAUGGAACCAAUGCAGACGACGGUACGUCUUUGAUCGAAACUUCAUCCAAUGUUGAUAGCCGAUGCUCAAUCAAGCGAAUACGAAUGCUAAAAACUCCUGAUUUCAACAUGAUAGUGAACGCACUUGGGACUAUUGUCGUUGUCGCUGGAGUCUUGUUCGUGCUCCACCACCGCAAAAAGAAUUGA